CGUCGGCUGCAUGUCUGGCAGAGAAUUUUGCGCACGCGUCUUUGAUCACUGCAUUAGGUCACGUGACUUCUGAGUGACGUCACAACAUGGACGACAUUGGCGAAGUAAAGGAAAGUGCGUUCUAAUGACGGAGAAAUUCUUUGUUUUGCCAGCAGAAAUUUGAGCAGUCUGCAUCGUGAUGGCUGAGAAUACGCUUGAUGUUGAUUUCGAUCGAUUGAAAAUAGACGCCAAUAAAAGACGGUGUCGCAGUGCUGAGCGGCCGGGCGAUUCUUCAUCUGCGGAUUCGCGUCUGCAGCAGCUGGACCAGCUGUGUCUGUCAGGCGACCCAUGCAGCCGCCCCUCGUGCCUGUGCAACCGAGGGAGACGAUCGCUAGGCGCUCCCUCCACGUCGGGAUUGCGGUGCUGCUGGAGUCGGCGGACGAUCGUGCGGCCGGUAUUGCGCCGUAGCCGCCUCACGGGCCUCCUGCGCCGCCCCCAGCUGGUCACGCCGCCCGCGGAGCCGCAGCCACACUCAGCCGGCGGCAACAGCACGCGCUUCCUCAAGCUGGACUCGCUCGAGGAUAUGUUCAAAGAGCAGUGCCGUCUCCAACCACUGGACCGCCUCCGCUCCGGCAACCGCCGCUUCCGCCCACCCAGGCGACCGGGCUUCGACGACCUCGCUUCCUCGACAGACGCCUCCACCGCCCCCGACAGCCGCCUCUUGCAGGGUACCAGCUUCAGCAGGCGAAGGGAUGCGACCACGGGCCCCUCACCCCCAGCCCCAGAGCAGUCGUGCUCGCAGCAAGCCCGCCUCGAGGAGGUCACCAUCAACGAGCUGGCCGGCUACUUUGAGAAUCUGGUCCACAUCCCGAAGAAGAUGUCUAGCAUGGCCGAGCAGAUGUACACCUAGUCUCCCUCUGCAUUUUGCGACACAAUAAAAAUUAACGUAAAGUUCUGGCGAAAAUUUACUCGGAUUUUCCCCCAUCUCCCUUGGUAUGAACGUCUCCCUGUUCUGUUGCACAAGUAUUGCGAAUUUGAUUGAUUGUGGAGGACUAGAGCGUGAUUUGGACCUGCGGACAUGAAUCACCCUUUUAUCGUAUUCUGUUUUAUUUUUCUAUAGCUUUGAGUUAGGUUAACUUCUAACAGUGAACAGGAAUAGGAACCAAUCAAGCUAUCAGCUCCUUCUCCGCACUUAAAUUAUCCAAAUACUUUUGCUACCAAAUGUAUAAAAAGAAAUAUUAAGAUCUUGUAAAUAAAUUGCAAAUGUGUAAAUGUAAAUAAAUUAUAAAAUUCCAUUGAUUAAA